AUGAUACAGCCACAAGCGUACACCGUUGUACCUCUCUCCCAGGUCAAUCCCAGGCCGAAUAACAUCCAACCAGUUUUUGUUCCGGUGCAGCCGUGGCCAGCUCCAAUCGCCGGUGCAGUUCCUGUUGCCGUCCCGUGCGUUCCUGUUACGCAGCGGUAUGUAGUGUACAGAUAUCCUGUGAUGCAAGCAGCUGUGCCGACACCGUUUCCAGUUCCGGUUGCAGUCACCGUCCCGCAGCCAGCUCCACCUUCAUCGCAAGUGGCCACAUCGACCGCUUCGUCAAUCGGAUAUGAUAGUGGAGUUGCAUUCAUGAAUACAUCCGAUCCUUCACUUGCGGUUGACGUAUCACUAAGUUUGCCGUCUUCUCCCAAUGGCUCUGCCUCUUCCGAAACCUCGCCUCUACCUACAGUAGAAGAUCCUUCCGGUACUGAAGACCUAAACACAGCUUUCGAUGGUCGUGAUUUCGAUUCUGCUAUUUUUCACGAAGAACCUAAAAACCAUUUGCAACCUCGCCUUGUCACCUAA